UUUUCGUUCGCGUGUCGAGGUUAUGUUUGUGGGAGUUUUUCUCCAUAUUCGCUCUAUUUCUCUAUAUAUAUACUGUUUGGAUAUUUUUUUUCAGACGUUAUUAUUGUUUUUUUUUUUGUUCAAAAUCUUUCAAAUUGAAAAAUAUUUUGACGCGCGUUUUCAAUUUUAUUUUGUAUAAAAAGAACGAGGAAAAUAUUGAUAAACAAAAAUGAGUGAAAAUUGCACUUACGUGCAAAAAGUUAUAACAGUUCCUAAAACAUCGAUAAUUCAACAUCAAAUAAGUGAUGAAAUUAUUAAAAUUUUAAUUGAAUUUCCCGAUGGGGAACAAAAACUUGUUGGAUUUCAAGUUUCCGAUGAGAAUUGUACGAUUCAAGAUUUGUUAAUGCAGAUUGGCAUUCCAUUGGACGCUGAAACUGAUAUUUCAUUGGUUGAAGAUCCAUCUACUUUACAAAUACAUUAUAUUGUAGAAGUUAAAAAUUUAAAACCAAUUGUAGCUCAUGAAACUCCGAGUUUCAGUCAAGAAUUUUCGAGUCCAAAUCCUCCGCCUCAAGAAAUCGAGGUUCCAAAAUUUGUUGAGGGAAAACUUGCCGUUUGUCGAAGAUGUGGAUUUUUGUCAUCGACUUUUCACCGUUGUCAACGAUGUAAACGAAAAUUGCCCGACAAUGUUAAGGCGGUUAUUGAUAAAUAUACGGUUAAUGGCUCCAAGAAACCAUGCAAAGAAGGUGAAAAUCGUUGCCCUGUGGACGUUAAACCAAAAACAUCGACUGUAAAGAUUGAACAAAAUAAUGGAGUAAAUGGUACAGAAGCACAGGAGCAGUUUCCUGAUUUUUUGAUAAAAGCACAGCAUACAACACUUUCAUGUCGAACAGUAAGAAUAGGAUCUUACAAAUAUUUUCCACCGGAGAAAAUUAUUAUUUCCCAAUAUGGAGUAAGAUUGAGUGUUCCAUCUUUGUGUGGCAGUAAAAAUAAUGUGAAAUUAAAUAUCGAACUACAGGACAUUGAUCGUGUUUUAAUUCAUUUUGGAAGAAAUUUACCAGUUAUAUUUUUGGUAACAAGUCCAAGUAGUGCUGAACAAAUCAGAGAAAUUUUGGGAAUGCAACAGCAGGAAAAUCCCUAUUACGAUCCAUUGAGCCGAGAUCUUACACACAAGCGAAUAACUUUAUUACCAGAAAGUAUCAGCGAAGAUGCGCAAACAUUUUUAAAAGAAUUAUUUCAAUUAAAAUUGGAACAAUUGAGUAUGACGGAAGCCAAUGAAAUUCUCGUGAGAGCAUCGCCGAGAGAACCUCCAAAAAGAUUUCGUAUCCGGAGAAUGCCGGAAACGGGACAAGGAAAUAAUUAAG